AUGCAAGACAAACAAGUGUACUUGUCGUCUCAGGAGAUGUCAGCUGAGCACAGGAGAGCUCAGGGUGACAGUUGGGACGCAGUUUACAGCAACACAACUCUGAGGUCAGCGCUACGAAGACUUUUACCCCGUACAAUGCUUGCAGGGCGAAACGGAAGCAUGAAUAGCUCAACCGAAGGAAAACUUGAAGGAUUGAAUGAAUUGGAGGAUACUGUGGGAUCAUCUUUUACUGAUAUCUGGGACAACACAAGCGUCGAGAUCAGAGAUCAAGACAAAGGAGACUUCAAUGCUACAACAAGCUUGUUGCUAACUUGUAAAAGCCAGGUUAUUUAUCCUUAUUUCUACAUCCUCUCCUUGGUUGCCUGGCGACCAUUUAAUAUUCAAUCCUUUCGUUACCAAGGAUGUUCAAUGCGGAAAUUCUUGAACAUUAUAUACACACUGAUUAUUUUUGUCCUGAUUAUCUUCAGCUAUGUGUCAAGCAUAUUAGCUUGUCAAGCCAGGCUGGAUAUACCUUUGACACCAGCAACAAAACUACCAACUUCUCACCAUGGCAACAUUAGCACAGCGCCAACAAUGCCAACAACAAACCACACAAAUAAAACAUCAACCACACCCACUAACCCACUGACAGGGAUUAAUUCUUCAACAUACACAAGCAAACCUCCAGGUGUACCAUUCUAUACCUUGGCCACAGCAGCACCAGCCACUUGGAACCCAGCAGUCAUGGAGUGUACUCAUAUAUUUAGCACAUACGUGGUACCAGAUAUUCUUCACUUUCUAGCAUUUUUGAUCGGAUUCUACAUGUUUAGGAUUCAAGAGAGUGAGGGCCUCCAUGCACUGAUAGAAAAGGUUUUUUUGCUUACUUCAGUUCCCAGAAGAAUCACCUCAAGGCUGCGGUUUUUCCUUUUUGGUGGUUUUUUCAUAGUGUUCCUGGGCAUCUGUAAUUUUAUUUUGUUUUGUUUUGCCUACCAUUUGGAGUCAGUCACAGGAUUCAUAAACAACUUAAGAGCUCAGUGGAUAGCAGCAGUUGUAAUGGGACUGGGCAGACUUGUAGAGUUAUGUGUCAGCGUUGUUACUAUUGUAAAUUACUGUGCACAGUGUGAAUUGUUGAUUUUCUAUAUUCGUGAAAUCACAUUGCGCAUGGAAGAGAAAACCAAAGAUCUUGACAGCAUAAUGAAGGACAUUCUUGAAGUAAAGAAAAAUCUCUCCAGAGUGAAUGGAUUUAUAUCAGUGAUUGCAACUCUUAUAAUAUUUAGUUACUUUGAACUUUCUGUGAUAGGGUUUUGUAACUUAUCACUUCAGAUUAAAAAAUUAAAAGUAGAAAAGAGCAAACUGAUGUACAGAAUCUUUAAACCGCUGAUAAGUUUUGUCAUCAUCAUUUGCCCUAUAACUAUCGCUGCUCGUUUGACUUCAGCUGCUCGCAAACUUAAACAGAAUAGUUUGCAAAUCAGAGUGUUUGGAUAUCCUUCUGCUUCUCAACUGGAUUUGGAUUCAUUUGUAUUGUUUACACACAGUGCUGAAAUGAAGGCCAAGCUGCUGUUUAUGCCAGUUCAAUUCUCUUUUCUGUCUGGUGUUGUGGCAGUAGUGGUGUUUGUACUCCUACUCAUGUUACAGUUGGGCAUUAUUGCUGGCAAGAAUAAAUACCUUUGAGAGGAGGACCCCAUUGUGAAGAGGACCCUUAUGUGAAGAGGACCCUGAUAUGAACAAGACCCUGAUGUGAACAGGACCUUGAUGUGAGCAGGACCUUGAUGUGACACUUAUUUGUGCCCCUAGCAGAGAGGAUCAAAAAGACUACCUACAGUUUAUCUAAAGAAGUAAACCUAAGCAAAUGGCUUGGAUAACAGUGGGUGAUCAGCAUUUAUGACAUCCUUUGUGCUUCAUUCAUCUUUUCUGUCUUAAUUAAUUUAUCAAUUAUAUUAAUUGAUUUUCAAGCAAAAACCUGUAAGAGUAAGAUAUCUGAAAAAUAAUAUCUUUGAAUGAAGUAUUCAAAUUUCUACCAUAUCUACCUUUUGUUGAGCAUUCUCUUGUGAGAGAAACUUUUUUUACGUUAAAAGAGCUGUGUUCCUGGUUCACUUUAAUUUUUCUUUUUGCAUGAAAAUUUCCUUUGAAUUUUUUCUCAAUGAAAAAAGAAAAAAAACAGGUUUUCUGAUAAAUUACUGCAUAGACCAAUGUCAAAUAUUGAAGUAGAUAUGCAAGUAACAAUUUUUUGGAAAAAAAAAGUUUCAUUUGUUGCAUUUGGUAUCCAGCAAGUUAUUAGCAAAUGUACUCCAUGUUGCUGCAGGUCUUUUCAGGAAUAGAUCACAGAUAACAUCAAAAUGUAGUUAAAACAACAAAGUAGCACAUGAGGCACAGCCGAGUGUGUCACUGAUGCUUUUGUCCUCUUCAACAGAUCAUGAGUAAGAACCGAUCAAAAAAUGAGUGAAUAUUUUAGCUUAUCAUAUAAUGAAUAAUAAGAGCAAUUGAAGAAAUGACUGAUGUAAAAAUCCAUUUGCUAGUCUUCAGCAUAUAAUUUGAAUAUUGUCAAUGACAAAUGUUGCAGAUAUGUUUUUAUAUAUCUGCAUUAUAAGUGUCCCUCUUUCUCAUGAAGAUUACUUUGACAGUAGUAUAUUGAACAAAGUAUGAUAACUUGAUUAUCUAUUUGUGAAGAAGAAUCCAUUGUGAACAAGACGUGCUUACUAGUGAUGUAAGAUUUAUCGUUCACAAAGAAAUUCUCUUUAAAUAUUGUUUACAAAGAUUACCGGUAUCUGUAAUAUGUAAUAAUUAUUGAAACUGUAAUAAUUGUAAUAUCUGUAAUAAUUAUUCUAAACUGUACAAAAUUUGAAGAUUGUUAUAAUUACUACCAUUGUAAUAAUUAACAAAUUUUCCGAACUCGUAAAGCAAUGUGAAAUAUAAGAAU